AACAUGCUGAUAUUAAAAAAAAAUUAAAAAAAAUUAUUAUUUCAAUACAUUUCCAAAUAAAAAAAACAUUUUGAGUACCAUAAUACAAAGCCAAACUGGCUAUUAGUCUUCUGCUAUGUAACUUGAUAUUCUUGUUCUGCUGCUAAUUUUUCUUUUCUUUUUAGAUUCUGCUAUUUCAUUAGUGUAUUGCUUAAUGGAAUACAAAAAAGAACUUGAGCGCCAUCUCCUAAACAAGGAUGUGGAUGCUUUGAAAGUUGAUGAUCCCUUUACCAAUGCCAGUUUUUGGAGCAAAAUUACUUUCAGAUGGCUUAAUCCACUCUUUUCGAAAGGGUACAGAGAAAAACUUAAAGCUUCUGAUAUUCCUACUUUCCCUCGAUCAGCUAUGGCUGAUAAAGGUUACUCCUUGUUAGAAGAAUCUCUUGAGAAGGACAAGACUGAAACCCCAUCAAUAGGGAAUGCUAUUUUUCGUUCUGUUUUGGGAUCCCUGGCCCUAAAUGCUAUGUUUGCUGGGGUUUAUGUCAUGGCUUCCUACACGGGACCUUUUCUGAUCGCAAACUUCAUUCAACUAUUAUCUUCCAAGGAUGAUGAUAGUAGCCUUUAUGGUUUUGUUCUGGCAUCUGUCAUUUUUGUUGCGAAGACAGCCGAAUCCCUUUCGCAGAGACACUGGUACUUCGGAGCUUACCAAAUUGGAAUAAAGAUUCGUGCAGACAUUUUGGCAUUGCUUCACAAGAAAUUGCUAAGGGUGAAGAGUGAUGGAGAGAGAAAUGGAAAGAUUAUCAACUAUAUCAAUACAGAUACUGAAAAAGUUGUGGAAUUCAUCCAGCGAUUUCAAGAAGUUUGGUUGCUGCCAGUUCAAGUGAUGCUUUCAUUGUUCAUAUUAAUCAAACAUCUUGGAUGGAUCCCUUCGAUUCUUGCUGUUCUUUCUACAGUUUUGAUUAUGGCGAGCAACACCCCUUUGUCAAAUUUCCGAAACAGACUCCACUCUAGGAUAAUGGAAGCAAAAGACUGUAGAAUCAAAGCUACAUCCGAGACUCUAAAAGGCAUGAAAAUCUUGAAGUUGCAUGCUUGGGAGCCUACCUUUCUAGAUAAGUUGCUUCUUCUCAGAGAAACUGAAAGAGGUUGGCUGGUGAAAUUCCUGUACGCAAAGUCAGCACUUGUCUUUCUGUAUUGGACUUCACCAGUUUUAAUUUCCUUAAUGACAUUUGGAGUUAGCGCUAUAUUAGACAGAAAGCUUAGUUCAGGUUCAAUCUUCUCAGCUUUAGCUACCCUCCAAAUGCUGCAUGAGCCGAUUUAUAACAUGCCAGAACUUAUUUCUGCUGUUGCACAUGCAAAGAUUUCAAUCACUAGACUCCAGGAGUUCUUAAGAGAAGAAAACCAAGAGCAAUCAAAGGUUAACAAUUUGCCUCAGCAAAACCAUUCAGUGAUUAAUAUUACCACAGGAGAAUAUGCUUGGGAAACAAGCAACACAAACAUCUUGCAGCCAACAGUUACAAUCCGAGAGGAUAUAAGAAUCAUGGAGAGAAACAAGGUUGCCAUUUGCGGAUCAGUUGGAUCUGGCAAGUCCAGUUUGCUUUUCAGUAUUAUCAGAGAGAUCCCUAGGAUAUCUGGAAGUGGAAUUGAGGUUGUUGGUUCCAGGGCCUAUGUCUCUCAGACACCUUGGAUUCAGUCUGGUACAAUUAGAGACAACAUAUUGUUUGGAAACAAUAUGAAAAAGGCAUUCUACAAGAAUGUUAUAGAAGCUUGCGCACUCCAAGAGGACCUUGAGAGGCUGAUCCAUAAGGACUUGACAGUGGUGGGAGAGAGAGGAGUAACUUUAAGUGGAGGUCAAAAGCAGAGGAUUCAAUUGGCUAGGGCAAUAUACAGUGAUGCAGAUGUUUAUCUCCUGGAUGAUCCUUUCAGUGCUGUUGAUGCACAUACAAAAGCACAUUUAUUCAAGCAUUGUCUGAUGGGCCUCCUGUCUGAUAAGACUGUAAUUUAUGUCACCCACCAAUUGGAAUUUUUAGCAGCAUCGGAUCUUGUUCUGGUAAUGAAAGAUGGUAACAUAGUUCAAUCAGGAGCAUACAAAGAUCUAGCUGUAGAAACACAAGGUGAACUUAGAAGAUUAAUGGUUGCGCACUGCGAAUCUUUGAGACAACUAAGCUCAACAGAAGGAAAUUCCAUAACUAGUGAAUCAUAUCUGGAAAAUCAAAAUCAAGAAAGCAGAGAAACUAACAAAGAGCAAGUCAGUAAUGGGCAAUCUGUGCCAGUGGCUAAAAAGGAGGAGAGGGGAAGUGGACGAGUUAGUUGGAAAGUUUAUUCAAGCUUCAUUACUGCUGCAUACAAAGGAGCUUUUGUUCCUGUUCUCCUUCUUUUCCAUAUUUUCUUUCAAGCACUACAAAUGGGAAGCAAUUAUUGGAUUGCAUGGGCAACCGAACAAGAGGGUAGGGUCAGCAAAAGGCAAUUUAUAGUGAUAUUUGCUUUAAUUUCAGGUGCGAGCUCUCUUUUUGUACUGGCAAGAGUAUUAUUGUUAACAGCUAUCACCAUCAAGACCGCCCAACGGCUCUUCACCGGCAUGAUAACAUCAAUUUUCCAAGCUCCCAUGUCAUUUUUUGACACCACUUCUUCAAGUCAAAUCCUUGACAGGUCUUCAACUGACCAAGCGACUGUCGACACUGAUAUAUCCUACAGAGUAGCUGGAUUAGUAUUUGCACUCAUCCAGCUAAUUAGUGUCAUUGCCCUCUUGUCAAAUGUGGCAUGGCCGGUCUUCCUUCUAUUCCUCGCCAGCUUCACAAUCUCCGUAUGGUAUCAGGUUUACUACUUAGAAACUGCCAGAGAACUUGCAAGGAUGGCUGGGAUUCAAAAGGCUCCAAUUCUUCACCACUUCUCAGAAUCAGUCAGUGGUGUAGUAACUAUCCGUUGCUUCAGUCAAGAAGAAAAAUUCUUUACCACAAAUGUCAACCUGAUCAAUGACUUCUCACGCAUUGCCUUCUUUAAUUCUGCAACCAUGGAAUGGCUCUGCGUUCGAAUCAACUUUCUCUUUAAUCUUGGAUUUUUUUCUGUUCUUGUCAUCUUGGUGAGCACAUCAAGCUCAGUUACUAACCCUAGUUUGGCAGGACUUGCAGUCACCUAUGGCCUAAACAUCAAUGUUCUACAAGCUUGGGUCAUCUGGAACGUGUGCAAUGUAGAGAACAAGAUGAUCUCAGUUGAGAGGAUUCUUCAGUUUAGUCGGAUACCAAGUGAGGCAACUCCAGUGAUCGAAGAUAAACGUCCUAGACCAGAAUGGCCUGAGAUUGGGUGCAUAGAAUUCAGAAUCCUCCAAGUGCGUUAUCGUCCUGAUCUCCCACUAGUUCUCAAAGGAAUAACUUGCACCUUUCCAGGUGAAAAGAAGAUUGGGAUUGUGGGGAGAACAGGGAGUGGAAAAUCAACAUUGAUCCAAGCACUAUUCCGGCUGGUCGAUCCAUCACAGGGACAAAUACUUAUCGAUGGAUUAGACAUCAGCACAAUCGGAUUGCAGGAUUUAAGAUCCAAACUAAGCAUAAUACCUCAAGACCCUACAUUGUUUCAAGGAACAAUCAGGAAUAAUGUGGAUCCUCUAGAACAGCAUAAUGAUAUGGAAAUCUGGGAGGUUCUGAGAAAGUGUCAUUUGGGUAAUACAGUAGAGCAAGAUCAAAGGGGGUUAGAAGCACCAGUUGCAGAAGAGGGUCAAAACUGGAGUCUAGGGCAAAGACAACUCAUUUGCCUGGCAAGAAUACUGCUGCAUAAAAGAAAAGUUCUUGUUUUGGACGAGGCCACUGCAUCCAUUGAUAUGGACACAGAUAAUAUCAUUCAGAAAACAGUGAGCAAUGAAACAAAACAGUGCACUGUCAUCACCAUCGCUCACCGGAUAACUUCUGUCAUCAACAGUGACCUGGUUCUGCUUCUUGAUGAUGGCAAUGCUGUAGAAUGUGCAGCCCCAAGUCAGCUAAUGAGAGAUAGCUCCUCAGCUUUUUCAAAGUUGGUGAAAGAGUUCAGUGGGAACUCAUCAGAAAGUUGACAAGACAAAACAAUAUCCAUCUAUGUGUUGAAGGCAAAAACUAAAAACAUGAAUCAAUUUGUACCUUCCAUCAAAGCUUAGAGUGGGAGUUUUUGAGGUUACAUGGAGGAGGCAGAAUCAACCAACAGUAGUCUUGAGCUGAAUGAAGCUCAUACACCUCAACUCAUUCUUAAAAUCUUAAAAUGUCAAUUGAGAUCAAGGAUUAAUUAAGACAAAUGAUUGUACUCUGUCUAUUGCCAUGCAGUGGUCUUUUAUUGUUCUUUA